AUGACUCGAGAGACGAAGGGCAAGGAAACUUGCACCAAUGCGAAAGCAGUCCCUGACGCAACCCCGAAAGGUAUCUUGGUCCCACUGAAAACGACAUUGGAGACAAGGGCGAGGGGUUCUCUUCUCGAUGUUUACGUCACGAGUGUUCCUGUCAAGCAGGCAAGUGGGGCUUUGGAGGUUAUAAGAAGACUUUUACCCGGUGAUGGCGGUGUGGAUCUUCAACAUUUGAGAAGAUUUGCAAAAGCUAGGGAUGUACCGGAUGCCGUGAGGGAGGCGUUUGAGAGGGCGCGAGUGGAAGUACUUGGAGCAACCGAGCUCUUGUUGAUUGUCGGAUCAACAAACGCUAUAUCUUCCGCAGUGGUGGCCGAAGAGCUUUCUGUUAUUGUCAAUGACGCUGUCAUCUUCUCAAUCCAAGUCCCUCGACUGGCACCCACUUCCCAAGAGCAAGCCACUCUCUGGUCUUCACAAUACUGGCCUACGGUAUACAAGAAGAGCAACCCUUUUGGGCCUCAUCCAAGCAUAGUGUCGCGGACAGAGCAGGAGAUUCAUGGCGAGGUCGGGAAGUGGAUGGAUCUUGCUUCUGAAGUUGCUCGUCAAGCAGAUGGGACGGGCUCCGGAGAAACAGUUGGGGUUGUGAUCGUGGAGAGGAAAAAUGGUAUCGGCCAUCCAGUUGCAGUUGCAGGAGAUGCUCGGUGGGUGGGCUGGCCUUCUAAAGGGGCAGGAAACGUCACUGCCCAUGCUGCGCUGAGAGCCAUUGCCAUGGUUGCUGAUGGGGUGAAAGCAACCAGCGAAUCAGCGCAGACUUUCAACGCCGUGUCAGCCUCGGUCACCCAGCCCGAAUUCAAGGCUGAUCCUGCGGACCAGGACCACUUUGACCUAUCGGGCACAGUAGCUGGGUACCUAUGCCACGACCUCGAAAUAUACUGCACUCACGAACCGUGUGUAAUGUGCUCUAUGGCCAUUUUACACUCGAGAUUUGGAAAGGUAAUUUUCCAGUACCGGAUGCCGAAGACCGGAGGGAUGUGUGCGGAUGGUGAUCUCGGCCAUGGUCUUUUCUGGCGGAAGGAGCUGAACUGGACACUACUUGCUUGGCAAUGGAUCAGAUCAAGCAAUGGCCAGAGCUUUGAGCUCGCAGAUUUUCAUGCGUAG